AUGAGACUUCCCUACGCUCCCAACACCCCUCCCGCCGAUGCGCCCGCCGACACUGCGGACAUCUACACUCGGAUCGCCGCGCGUCGCAACCCCCGUCCAUUGAUUCCUCUCGACCUGUCUCUACUGCACAGCCCGCCGGUCGCUGACGGCUGGAACAGCUUCAUUGGUGCAAUCCGCAGCCGCACCAUAGUCGAUGGUGGAAUUAUGGAAUUGGCCGUGUGCCGUGUCGCAGUGCUGAACGAUGCUAUUUAUGAGUGGAAUGCCCAUGCGCCCCUCGCAUUGAAGGGUGGUAUUAAGCCCGAAGAGCUACACGCUUGUCGCACUUUGCCUCCAACUACCGAGGGCGACCUGGGCGCUUUGGAGAGUAGCCCUUUGACACCGCAGCAACGGGCUGUUCUGCGCUACACGGAUCAGAUGACUUUGACCGUUAAGGUUCAGGAUGAGGUCUUUGCACAGCUGCAGACUGUUGGGUUCAAUGAUCGGGAGAUUGUUGAGCUUACCACAGGUAUUGCGGGAUAUAACUGUGUGAGCCGGUUCUUGGUUGCUUUGGAUGUGGGAGAGAACAAUGAUCGUGAGAUGAAGAGUGUCGAUGAGCUGGUUGCUGCUCUCCUAUAG